AAUGUUCAAACACAUUGUACUAUGGGGUUCUAAGUUGCUAACACCAGCAUUAAGUUUGGUAAAACCUUUCUAUUUGUGUGAAUACUGUAAAACAUAAAUGCUGCUCACAAGCUACAGUCUCAGCUGCAAAAGCUAAAACACUAAAGCCCUGGCAUUGUCUAGUAUAUAUGGCCUCUAUGGUGGAUUUAAAGGGGCAGUAACUUUCUGGAGAUGGCUUGUCCCCUGCAUGAUUUGAUCGAAAUAGAAAGUUAAAACUAUACUUUGAAGUCUUCACCGUGGAGAUGAAUACAAACAUACAGGCUUGAAACUUUACACUAUUCACACAUUUAGUCAUUUUUUGGGGGGCAGUUCAGCACUUAGCCAGUUAUUUAAUUUUUAACACACAAAACUAGUUACUGUAGAGAAUGCAAGUAAUUUCUCAUCGCAUUAACAUCUCUCUAACAUCUCUCACUGUCAAUGUCUGGCCUGUCUCAGUAGGUCACCUUUCAGCCAUGUAAAGCAAUAAACAGGCAGUCUACAUGACUCUAAUUUUCUUUUAAGUUAAUAGCCCACUAGAUGUCGCCAACGAGGCCCAAGACCAUGUGUAGGCGCCAAACGUUUUAAACCUUUCUCCAGGUACGCCCAUAAUAAAAGUCUCCUCCUCUCAUUUAAGAAAUGCCUGCGUCAAUUGGUUCGCCUAUAACUCUGGUCGUGUCUGAAGGUCACAGCUCUCUGCUCUAUGCAAAUGAACUUAUGGGCUCCUGAAGAGUCGUCUGUUCUGAGCCGCGGAAGCACCAGCGGUUGUCAGGGAAGCUCUUGAGCAACACGCCAUUGAAUCUCAUUAUAGACUGGCUGCAAUAAGGCCAUACAUUGUAAGAAGUUAAACUUUGGAAAAUAUGCAGUGUUUUAAUUUGACCUACCAAAUAGGGAACAGUAAGCCUCUAUGCCUCUCAUCCAUUUCGCAAGUCUAAGCAUAGGCUAGCCUAUAUAAAGAGUCCAUGCAGGUAACACCAGCUUGCAAUAACAUAAUACGUUUUCAUUUAUUGUAUUAAGCUACCAACAGGGAUCUGGAAAUGCGAUUUAAUUGUUCCUCCUGAGAAGGUUUGAUGUUGGACACAGAUGGGACUGAAAUUAGAAUCCACUGAUGUACAACAAACGACAGAGGAGGUAACCAAACACUAAGUUUAUAAAAUACACAGAGAGAGAGAGAGAAAGCGCGAGGAGCCUUCUGGACAAGAGACGAAUAGUCCCUGCCUCAGGACACACCCUCCGCUAUCGCGCGCACCGUGUCAUUGUUUCCCACAGUGGCUCAGUGGCCGCCGGUAGGUUUCGUAUCGGAUUGACAAGUGAUGGGGCAACGCUCAGACAAAAGGAGCGCCUACAUGAAAUCAUCCUGCUACUGGUCACAACUUUGAAUAGAAAAAAAACAAGUGGCCUCUUGUCACGUGUUUUUUCUAUUGUGUCCAGACUUCAAGAGAGAGUUGCGCCUGUUAAUUGGGAUGAGAGUUCAAGUGAAGUGAGCCACCAGAUUGGACCUUUAAAGCUUCUUAAGGCAGGUGGUGGUGGGAGGAAGCGCCUCGCUAUAGGCGAGUGGAGUGUUUAUGCUCAAGUGGAACUAGGGCAACGCGUGGUUUUGACCGUAAAAACGGUGGGCAAGUAGCUCUCGUUAUGUUUUUCCUGAACUGGACGUGAUGAAGUGGAGAGGACUGCGGACACGGAGGAGCGCGCUACUUGACGCAGGGAUGGAGACGGCAAGAGCGUGUGGUGGAACUCGAAUUAAUUCUUGGAACAGGACCAUAAAAUUUACUGUAGACCCAAAUAUGGGCACGUCGGGCCACAGAGGACACUUCCACCUGCAGCGGACUGUGAUUUUCCUGGUUGCGCUCACGAUACAGCCGCAGGUUGUUUUGGCAGUGGGAAUGUUCGAGCUUCAGAUCUGUCACUUCCAGAAUCUCCAUGGACUGCUGCAUAACGGAGCUUGCUGCGACCUCCAGGCCAACGGGGGUCAGCAGUGCUCUGCCAGAGACCAAUGUGAUACCUAUUUCAAAGCGUGUCUUAAGGAGUAUCAGGCCAGGGUCGUUCCAACUGGACCAUGCACAUUUGGGAGCGGCAGUACAGGGGUCCUGGGUGGGAACUCUCAUUCACUUCGUCACCAGAGCCAUGGAGUGGAGGAUAGCGCUAAUGGGCACAUUGUCAUUCCCUUCAAAUACGCCUGGCCGAAAUCUUUCUCCUUGGUCUUGGAAGCUCUGGACUUUGACAAUGACACAACAGAAGCAUCAGAACCAGGUCAGCUGAUUGAGAGGAUCUUGUUGUCCUCCAUGCUGAACCCCGGUGAGCAGUGGCAGGUUUACCGUGCCCAUGGCCGGACCCUCAGUCUUGAGUAUCGACUGCGCUUUCGCUGUGACUCCAACUACUACGGACCCUUCUGCAACAAGUUCUGCCGAGCUCGAGAUGACUUUUUUGGACACUUCAAAUGUGACCCCAAUGGCUCUAAGGUUUGCAUCGACGGCUGGACUGGUCCUGAGUGUAAAGAAGCUGUGUGUAAGCAAGGGUGUAACCAGCUUCACGGCUACUGCAACGAACCGGGUGAAUGCAAGUGUCAUUAUGGCUGGAUGGGAGCGCUGUGCGACAAGUGUACGACGUUUCCGGGCUGCAUGUACGGGAGCUGUACCGAGCCCUGGCAGUGCGUCUGUGAUGUCAACUGGGGAGGACUGCUCUGUGACAAAGAUCUGAACUACUGUGGCACCCAUCAGCCCUGUAAGAACGGAGGGACAUGCACUAACACUGAGCCCAACGAGUACCAGUGUGAAUGUCAAGAUGGGUUUAAAGGGCGCAACUGUGAAAAUGUGGAGCACGCGUGUUUGUCAUCUCCAUGUUUGAAUGGAGGAACCUGUCAGGAGAACCCCUCUGGCUUCAGCUGCACCUGCGCAGACGGCUGGACGGGUCUCACCUGUGCACAAGCAGUGAAGCAGUGUGACCGGCAGCCGUGUGGCGAAGGCUCCACGUGUGAAGAGACUCCGGGAGGGUUCCGCUGCCUGUGUCCCCCGGGGUGGAGUGGCAGGACGUGCCAGCUCGACACCAACGAAUGCGAACUCAACAUCUGUGUCCAUGCCCGCUCCUGUCGCAAUUUGAUUGGACUAUAUUUGUGUGACUGUCUUCCUGGAUGGACAGGGCCUAACUGUGAUAUAAGAAACAACAGCUGUCAAGAUUUAUGUUUGAAUGGUGGUCUUUGUGAGGAUCUAGUCUCAGGGUCGAGAUGUCAGUGUCCUCUUGGUUUUUCUGGAAAAUACUGUCAAGAAGGCCAAAAUCCAUGUGCGAGUUUCCCCUGCCAAAAUGGAGGACAGUGCGUUACAAAGGAUAGAAGGAAUCCAACUUGCACCUGCCCCUUUGGAUACGAAGGAACCUACUGUGAGUUUGCACUAGAUCCAUGUAAGCCCAACCCCUGCAAACAAGGCAUGCCCUGCCACAGCUCAGAAGGCAGGUAUAUGUGCAUCUGUCCUGAAGGAUAUUAUGGAAAUGAAUGUAUGACCCUGAAAACCCCUUGUAUUGGCCUGCAUUGUCCUGAUGCUAUGUCUGACACAACUCACAGUGGCCUGAGCUUCUACAUGGUACUUGUGGGUAUCUUGGCUUUGGUCACUGUCUGUGGAUGUGCCGCUUGUGCUCUCAUCGCCUCUCAUCUCCAUCACAAGAGGAAAAAGCAGCAGGCAGUCCCACCAGAGGAAGGCAUCAACAACCAGAGGGAGUUUGUCAACCUCAUCAGAAAUGUGGACCGCCCUGUACCACUUGUGCCUCCUACAGCCCCUCUGACCAACGCUACUGCUGUCACGCCUGCCUCUCACUGCUACGAAGAGAUUGAACUCACUCUUCCUCCUUCUCCUGCUCCUUCACAGCCCUCCCCAGCACUCAAGCCACUGCACUCCCACAAACUGGACAUUUCAAAUCAGGAGAGGGAGAAACUCAACCGAAUCCACUACACAGAAAACCAAGAGCUGGAGGUGUGAUGCGGGAGCACAGUGUCAUUGUUGCAGUUAAUUAAAUGAAUUGACUUUUUGAACCUUUUUGAAAGCUAAAUGCUGCUAAUAAGGUCAAUGUCUUAAGGUGUAUUCAUUGUGGUGGACUACAUGAGGCCAAUGAUGUUUCACUACAACUGUUUCUGGAGACUUUCUGUUACGCCGCUGAGUGCCUGACACUGAUCAAGGACAGGGUUCGAUGGCCAAUCUUUGAUGCCACUGGAAGUCUCUGGGCAGGACUGAACAAAUUCUUAUUUAUAAUGAACUUUGUUGCCUGAUUGAACCUGUAGGUCACUGUGGAAAGACUGACAUGUGUUUUAUGAAUGUAUGAAGACUGAAAUUUAAAUUUGAAUAGAUUACUGGUCAAAUAAAUGCACGUUCAAAGGUUUGCUGGCCUUUUUUAUACACUAUACACUGUUGCCUGACUGAUGUUUCUGUAAAACUGCAGUUGUGAAAGAUGUAUGAUUUUUCAUAAAUAUGUAAAGAUGUUAUUGUAUAUAAAUAUACUGUACAUAUUGAUGUCCCUUUUGUACUGUUUGGUCUAAAAUUAUAAUUGUAUUACAUCAAGCACAUGUGGUUUGUAAUAAAA